UGUCAUAACUCUCCACAUUCUCUGCAUCAUUCUUUCCUCUCCCUCCCCACAAGGCAAUCCCAAACGGCUGCAGUGUUAGGAGAGAGGAUGGAGGGGCGAGGGCUCUCCUGCUUUCCUCUGCGUCCCCUGAGCAUGUGAAACACCAGCUCAGGGACUGAACUACUCCCCUGUGAAAUGACAGCAUUUAACAUCUUAAUGUGCCAGGUGCCAGGAGGUGCAGAAACCAAGCAGAGAGAUGCUGUUCCUCCCUGCUCCCCAGUGCUGGUAAUUCGAGAGCCAAAGAACUGGCAAACUUACUGCAGCAGCGCAGGCAGCUGCUGUGACAACGGCUCCGCUGGGAAGAUUGUGCUGGGGGCUGACCUGUCCCUGCCAAAGACCCCCUAGAUCUCCAGCCCCGCUUGAUUUCUCUGGUCUGUCCUUUGGACCCAGGCUGUGCCUCAGCCUGUCUCUGGGGUGGGUGGGACUGCCCACUGGGAAGAGAGGGAGAGGAAGAGACCGAUUUGGAAAGAUAGUGAGGAGGAGGAGGAGAGGCAGCGGGAAACCCAGCCCACCCUUUGGCUUCCUCCUGCCUCCUUCUAAAACCUGCAAAUUCCUCCAGCCUGUCCAAGCUCCUGAAGUUUCCUCAGCCCUGCUGCCGGGACUGCGAGGGCUUGCUGAAAGAUGAGGGCCUGGAUUUUUUUCCUUCUCUGCCUGGCAGGCAAAGCCCUGGCAGCUCCACAGGAGGCUCUGCCUGAUGAGACAGAGGUCAUCGAAGACCCCACCACAGAGGAGCCCGUGGGUGCUAACCCCGUCCAGGUGGAGGUGGGAGAGUUCGAGGAACCCGCAGAGGAUGUAGAGGAGAUUGUCGCAGAGAACCCCUGCCAGAACCACCACUGCAAGCAUGGCAAGGUGUGCGAGGUGGACGACAACAACUCACCCAUGUGUGUGUGCCAGGACCCGUCCAGCUGCCCAGCCACCGCCGGCGUCUUCGAGAAGGUCUGUGGCACUGACAACAAGACCUAUGACUCCUCCUGCCACUUCUUUGCCACCAAGUGCACCUUGGAGGGAACCAAGAAGGGACACAAGCUGCACCUGGACUACAUUGGGCCUUGCAAAUUCAUCCCUGCCUGCCUGGACACAGAGCUGACUGAGUUCCCCCUGCGCAUGCGGGACUGGCUCAAGAACGUGCUCAUCACCCUGUAUGAGCGCGAUGAGGACAACAACCUGCUGACCGAGAAGCAGAAGCUGAAGGUAAAGAAGAUCCACGAGAAUGAGAAGCGCCUGGAGGCUGGUGACCACACCGUGGAGCUGCUGGCCCGCGACUUUGAGAAGAACUACAACAUGUACAUCUUCCCUGUGCACUGGCAGUUCGGGCAGCUGGACCAGCACCCCAUCGAUGGGUACCUGUCCCACACCGAGCUGGCCCCGCUCCGUGCCCCACUCAUCCCCAUGGAGCACUGCACCACCCGCUUCUUCGAUGCUUGUGACCUGGACAACGACAAGUACAUCGCCCUGGAGGAGUGGGCCAGCUGCUUUGGCAUUAAGGAGCAGGACAUAGACAAGAAUCUUGUGAUCUAAACCCCCGGCUUCCUUCUCCGCUGCCAACUUUGUCUUGUUUUAACCUUCCCACUUCCUUUGGUCUUUAAACCGCUUUUGUUUUGUUUUUUCCCUGGGAACAAGGUGCUAAUAUAGAUUUAAACAUAUGCAGUAACGGUGCUAAGACAAAUAACAGUCCUCCUUCAUAGCCUCAUCUAUUACCACUAGAUUAAUCACCCAGCUGUUUCCACAUGCUCUUACCAGCCCGUUCUCUCUCUGAUGUGUCUUUAUCAUUGAUUGACUCUGUUCCUGUCCUACAUAUCCUCUCAGUCCAGUAUCUGCUCUUAGAUCGACUUAACUUCUUACUAACAGCACGUUCUCAGACACAUCAGCGUAGAUGCAAAGACCUUUCAGCUGAUUCACUGCCCCAGUUACAGACACCAGCGAGGGAAGGCAGAGCCGGAGGAUGUAGCAGGAUGGGGCUUUUCGAGCAGAGCAGCUGUGGGCGACAUUGUGGUCACCCAGCUCAUGGUAGGGGGGACAGAGAGGGGUGACAGGGACAUAGAGUGGCAGGAUUUCGCUUUCCUUUUUUUUCUUUUUCUGGAUUCCCAGGGCUUGAAUUUAACAACCAUUGGGCACACACACACACAAAAGGGCUAAUCAAACGAACAAAUAGGAAAGCGCACAAAAAUUAAAUAAAAUGAAACACAUCCCAUCCUGUAAAAUCCCCUCAAAAAAUAAAGGUUUGAAAGUGCUACGUGCUUUACCGUUA